CAUUGUUUGUAGAAUGCUUUCUGUUUUUCAGAUGACGAUUGAUAUUGAUCUAGUUAUGACAUGUACUGUAGCAAAACUAAAUGAUGCCGAGGACCAACUGAAUAAGAAAAACCAACAAAUCAUUGAUUUGCAACAACAGUUAGACAUGAGAGAGAAUGAAUUGAAUGAAACUCUACCCAAGUUGGAAAAGGAAAAAUGUGAGAGAGAAAAACAACAAUUAGAAAAAUUCACUCCAGAUGCAAGUUUAAAGAAACUUGAAGAAGAUAUUAUAAUCCUUGAAAAUAAAAAUCAGGAGGUAGUAAGCGAGAAAAAGAUUAUAAAAGAAAGGUUGGAUGAAAUUUCACAGUCAUUAAACGAGGAAAAGAAGAUAUCUAAGCAAUUGAGUGAAGUAAACGAAAUGCAAAAGGUCAAAAUAUUUGAUUUGGAAGAACUUCUUUUAAUCGAGUGUCAAGUAAGCUAAAAGAAACUAAUUUUC